UGAGGAGUCUGAUGAUUUCCUGAGCUCACCACAGCUUCCUGCCGCAGAGGGGAGGCGGGCGAGCUGGGGUAGGGACCUCUGUCACAGGGACCUGGUGGAGGGAGGCUGGGGUGCAGGCUGCACAGCUGGUGGUAGAUGCCCCAGGUCCUGGCCUCACCACUCCGGCCCAGGGUCUCCCAGAGCCAGUCUGACCCCCUCACCAGCCAGGGCUGGGGUCCGGGAGCCCCAGGAGGGCACAGCCUCGGCGUUGCUAGUGGGCCUGCCCUGGGCUGUCCUGCAGAUGGAGGGGAGCAGCCUGGUCCUCACAGAGCCCCUGGGACUCCUGCUGCUGCCUCUUGUAGCCAUGCUGCUGAUGGCCCUGUGCGUGCGCUGCCGUGAGCUGCCAGACUCCUGUGGUGGUGCUGGCGAGGAUCGUUUGCACACAGAGAGCAUCCUGUUCAAGCCGCCCCAAGCACUGGCCCCCUGGCCCAUCCCCUACCCACUCCCAAGCCAGACGGACCUGCUGCACAUCCCGCGCUCUCCACAGCCCCUCGGGGGUGCCCACCAGAUGCCAUCUUCCCGGCAGGACUCAGAUGGGGCCAACAGCGUGGCGAGCUACGAGAACCAAGAGCCGGCCUGCGAGGAUGCAGACGAAGAUGAGGAUGAGGAAGACUACCCGAACGACGGCUACGGGGGCUACGUGGAGGUGCUACCCGAUGGCGCCCCAGCCCCCAGCAGCGGCGUUGACCCGGUGGAGGCUCCUGUACCCAGCAAGUCUGGCCUCCGGGACAGGGCCGUCUCUGUGGAGUUCCGGGAAGAUUACGUGAACGUCCCCGAGAGUGAGGAGAGUGCCGAAGCAUCCCUGGACGGGAGCCGGGAGUACGUGAACGUUUCCCAGGAGCUGCAGCCGGCGGCCGGGGCCGUACCCGCCGCCCUGAGCACCCAGGAGGACGAGGACGAGGACGAGGACGAGGGCGAGGAUGGGGACGCCCCGGAUUAUGAGAACCUGCAGGAACUGAGUUGAGUGCCGGUGAGUGGCGGCCUCAAGGACUGUCCCGGCCACCCCGUCCUCGCAGGCCCACCCUUCUGGCUCUGGGUGCCUGCAGGUCCCUGCCGAUCUCCUGUCUCCUCCCCGUGUUGUGUUUCAGCCGAGGCCGCUGUCCCGGAACCAGCCUGGCUGGGAUUGAGCUGGGCAGCUGGAAAAGCCCCAGGGCCCAGUGGGCACCCUGCCUGGGUGGUAGUCGAGAGCAGCCUGAGAACCCUCCCCUAACUUAUUGUCACUCUGGGGUCCAGUCUGUGUCCCCAGUACCCUGCACCUUCUGACGCAGCCUGAGAACGAACUUCCCCGGCCCCAGCCUCCUCUUCAGAAUGGAAUAAAGGCCUCUGUGGUCCGCAGAGCUCUCGUGCCAGCUUGGGCCUGUGAGCCUGGCUAUGUCCAGUGAGUGUGUGUGUGUGUAUGAGAGUAUGUUCUGAAGAGUGUGUUGUGAGUGUAUAUGUAUGAGUGUGUGUGACCCUCAUGCUCCCCGAGGUCUUGGCCAAGUGCUGUGUGACAGCACACGGUGGCUAGGACGCUGCCUCACCCAGGCCUGAUGUGGCCACGGGGGCGGUGUCAGCAAGACCCCGCCCCCGCCCCCAGCCUCGUCCUUCCUCAGAGGAAAGGGCUGGCCUUUCGUGCUCCUCACUCCUGUGGUUCUCAGGAAGACAGAACUCACAGAUGGCCUGAGCGAGCCAGGAAUGCCUGUGGCCCCAGGCUGCUGUGGAGGCGGAUGCCCGAGGACCCCAGUGUGGUCCAGGUUGGGCCCAGCCCUCUCUGUAGCACGGCGUAGAGCCCAGGGUGGUCUGCAGCUCUCUGGACUGUGAAAUGCUCUCCCUACUUCCCCGGUACAUGCUCUCCUGGCCUGACUGGCCCUGCACGUCAGGCAAGGCCACCACUGGACCUGGGCUCUGGCAGCCUGGGCUGUGAGGUAUGACUGGGGGAUCUGGGCAGGAAGUGCUGCAGAGGAGAAGCCUUUGUCCAUGACUGUCACACAGCUGGAGGGGUCACCUCUCGGCCACUUGGGAAUGAAGCCCCUGGGCUGGAGAGAGUGGCCGGAGCCAGGCAGAGCCAGCUUCCUGACUCCAGGCUCCAACCCCUGAGCAAGGACUCCACCCCUGGCUUCCUGGUCACC